CGCUUAAUCUGCGUUCGUUGAUUGUUCGGCUAGGUUAUUGAUUGCGGUGUGUGGCUCUUUCAAAAAUUGUAGAAUUUUACAGUUUAGUAAAAGUUUAUUUUUAAUUAUUUCAAAUAGUGUAAUUACGAAUAUUUUACAUUAUAUAUAACAUGGUUGAUGUUAAAACUGAAAACUCAAAUGGCAAUUAUGACGAUGAGCCCAUUUCUGAGCCAGAACAACUUCGCAAAUUGUUCAUUGGUGGAUUAGAUUACCGCACUACCGAUGAUGGUCUGAAGGCGCAUUUUGAGAAAUGGGGUAACAUCGUGGAUGUUGUUGUUAUGAAGGAUCCCAAAACUAAACGUUCUCGUGGUUUUGGUUUUAUUACUUACUCUCAAUCAUAUAUGAUUGAUAACGCUCAAAAUGCACGACCACACAAAAUCGAUGGACGCACAGUUGAACCAAAACGUGCGGUGCCACGUCAAGAUAUUGAUAGCCCAAAUGCUGGCGCAACAGUAAAGAAACUGUUCGUUGGAGGAUUGCGAGAUGACCACGAUGAAGAAUGCCUUAGAGAAUACUUCAAGGAAUUUGGCAGUAUUGUAGGUGUCAAUAUUGUGUCUGACAAAGAAACUGGAAAGAAGAGAGGAUUUGCCUUUAUCGAAUUUGAUGAUUAUGAUCCUGUGGAUAAAAUCAUUCUUCAAAAAAAUCAUACAAUUAAAAAUAAAAUAUUGGAUGUAAAAAAAGCUAUUGCUAAACAGGACAUGGACCGUCAAAAUGGAGGAGGUGGUGGUGGUGGUGGACGCGGUGGCCAAGGUCCACGUGGUGGUGGACGAGGUGGUGAUCGUGGUAAUCAAGGCGGUUGGGGAAACAACCGACAAAACGGUGGUAAUUGGGGUAAUAACAACUUUGGAAACAAUGGCAACUUUGGUAGUAACCAAGGAGGUCCUAGUGGUGGUGGCUGGAAUAAUCAGCCUGCACCUUGGAACAAUCAAGGUAAUGAAGGUGGUUGGAACAAUGGAGGCAAUUUUGGAGGCCCUAACAAUGGAAAUAGUGGAUGGGGUGGUAAUAAUAAUGCAAACGGUGGUAAUUUUGGAAAUGAUUACCAACAAAGUUAUGGAGGUGGUCCACAAAGAGGUAAUAAUUUCGGCAACAAUCGCUCUGCCCCAUACAACCAAGGAGGUUUUAACAAAGGUGGCAACCAAGGAAAUCAAGGUGGUGGUUUCGGUGGCAAUAACUACAACAGUGGUGGCGGUGGACCAGGAGGAAAUAUGGGCGGUGGAAAUAGAAGAUACUAAAGUUAAAAUAGACAAUUACAAUCAGAAAGGCAGGCAGGCAGGCAGUGAAGUGAUCAAUUUGUUCAGGACAAAUAAACAAACAGUACAUAUAAUCCUAUUCAUCUACUGUAUAGGAAAUUUAAAUUCAAGUUUAGAUUAAAGUUAUAAUACGCAAAAUUAUUAAUAAGAACUAAAAUAUACGAUUUACACAAAAUAGUUUACAUAAGAAAAAUGUUGACAUACCUAGGGUAUUACAAUGUACUCUUACAUCCAUAAUAAGAAAUCCAUUAUAUCAUCCUGUCAGUGUUUGAUUAUUCUAUUUCCAUUUAACUAUAAUUUCUACAUUAAGAAUAUAAUUUAUUUUAAAAUUGAUAAAUGAAUGCUAAAAAUUUAAGGUAAUUUUUAAAAUUUUAUUGAAAUCAAGAACGGACAAAACAAAUUUUUAGUUGUCAUUGUUUGUACAAUACAAUUAGAUUUUUUUUUAAAGGCAAUAAAAUGUAAAAUAUUCACAU